UUAUUUUUUACGUUUCAAAAUGAGUUUCGAACAAACAAAUCAUGUUUGGAAUUCUUGGAAGUAUUCGUCGUUCCUGGAGUUCCACUUCGUCUGCCAAAACGAGUUUUAAGAACUCCCUGAGCUGUAUAUCGCGGAUUUUCUUUGGACCUCUACCCAAGGACUCCAAAUGGAUAAAACCAGGACGCCUACACUAUAUAGAAAAUGAUGUGGAAAAACAUGCGGACAUUAUAAAAACUAUGGAUGGUGUGGUGGUUCUGUUGUACAACAUAUCCCGGAAGAAAUUGAUAUUUGUGCGUCAAUUCAGGGGAGCGGUUUACCAGGGAAUUUAUUCUGGUCAAAAUGUGGAAAUGUCCAAAGGAGAAGCUGAUCUGGAGAAGUUUCCCCCUGAUAUUGGAAUAACCUUGGAACUUUGCGGGGGCGCCGUGGACAAGGACAAAAGCUUGGCGGAAAUCGCCAAGGAGGAAGUGCUGGAGGAGUGCGGAUAUGAGGUGCCCACGAAGUCCUUGGAGCGUGUAUUAGAUUACAGAUCGGGUAUUGGAACAUCUAGUAGUGCCAUGACAUUGUUUUACUGCGAGGUGUGCGAUGGUCAAAAGGUUUCAGAAGGAGGUGGAGUGGAUGACGAGGAAAUCCAGGUGGUUGAGAUGCCUGUGGAGGAGUCAAAUAAGCUGGUCGAAGCUGGUGCUGUUACCAACGGCGGCCCCUCCUGUCUGAUGGGAUUACUGUGGUUCUUUCUGUACAAGGCCCCCAAGGUUUCCUAGUGGUUCCUUUAAUUACGAUGAUUUAUCUCAAACUUUAAAUGUUGUUAAACUCUGUACGAAUCAAAGUAAAAUAUUAAUAUGGUUUGUCGAUGA